GUUAAAGUAUUACUCUCUCUCCAGCGAUUACUGCGUUCGUGUGCAGCAGUGCCACUUCCAGCAGCACCGACGUCGCAAGAAUGCUUCCCCUCUUAACACGUCCCACAACUAGUAUGUGGGGAGAGAGGAGCGUGCUUUCAGUUCCCUCAUCGCCAAGCAGAGCAGCUCGCGAGGAAGCCAUGCCCAGUCCAAAACGUUCAGGACUUGGCUCUGGUCGGCUCAUAGGCGGACAAGCAUCAACCACAUCCCUGGGAAGCCCUGGGGCCGGCACCAGUCAGUUCCAAAUCAACCACGAGAACACCCUCCGGAAGAACCGCAACCACUUCCAGGGCCAGAUUGAGCAGUACUCCAUCGACUACCACAGCUCCCACAACAAGGCGCUGGCAGAGCUGCCUGUGCUGCAAGAGCAGCAUGCAUUGGAGAUUGAGGAGUACCAGAAUGCGAUUGAGGAGACGGUGACGCGGCACCUCGGCCGCAUUGCCCAGCUGCGCCAAGACUACUCGCUGCUGAUCAAGGAGGCCAGCCGCCGGCACAUGGAGCUACAGCAGCGGAGGUUCGCGGGGGCCAGGGUGGACAUCCCGCAGGUGGCGCAGCAGCCCAUCGCCGGCCUACCGGCGCUGUCGGCGCAGCCCCAGAUCGUGGCGCCGUCGGCGGUUCCCAACGGCAGCCUGGCGGCCAGCCGCUCCGGCAAUGUGUCCACCAGCUCCGAGCAGGCCGGCAGCCACGCCAUGGGGCAGGUCAACCCCAACGCCUACCUGAGGACACUGAACAAUGAUGCCGCAGCCGCCAUGUCACAGUACAACACACGGCCGCUACCCGCCACCCCCGGUGGCAUCGCCGCGCUCUCCAUCUCCACGCCCGCCUCGCCACUCACAGCGCGGCUGGCCACGCCCUCCGAAGCCACAGCGCGCAACUCGGACUUUGCGCGGCUGGAGGCGAUGCAUGAGAAAUACAUGGGGCGAACGAAGAGCCAGCACGAGCAGGGCAUCGCCGCGCGCAUCAACGAGGUGUCAAACUGGCAGCAGACAUUCGCCGCCUGCAUGGCCGCGCUGGCGCAGCACCAGUCGUCCGCCCUCGCACACCUGUCCAGCUGCGUGGAGGAGGCCGAGGCGUGGCACGCGCAGCAGCGCGGCGCGCUCAGCGCGGCGCACGACGAGGUCAUGACGGAGGCGGAGCGGCUCAGCCGGCAGCUGGAGGCGGCGCAGACGGCCGCUGCUGCCAAGCUGAACGGGCUGCUAGCGUCCUUCUUGGAGCGGGUGCUGCCGUCGGGCGAGGUGGGGCUGGCGGAGGCGCAGGCGUCGUACACACGCUCCGCUGCCAACCUGCGGAACGAGCACGUGGCUGCACUGGAGGCGGCCGAGGCGGCGCUGCGUGCGCUCGUCCCGCGCCACGCCGCCAUGCGGCAGCACAUGUCCGCCUCCUACUCGUCCGGUCUGGCGUCGCACGAGGCGGCCCUGGCGGCGGCGGGCGGGCACUACGACAGCCGCGGCAUCCCCGAGCUGCGGCGGCAGUACCAGGACGCCGAGUCACGGCACCGCGACACGCUGGCAGCCAUCCGGGCGGAGCACCUGAAGGGGCUGGCGGGCUCGCGGGACGGCUGGAUGGGCGAGGCGGCGGCGCUGCUGGAGGAGUACCGCGCACGCAUGCAGGAGCUCAAGCAGCAGUACAUGCUGGCGUACGAUGUGAACCUGACGGAGGUGUAGGCGCGCACGCGCGUUGCAGCUGGCGUGGGAGGCUGACGUGGUUGAUGUGUUCGAGUGUGAGUGCGGCUGCGCGGUGGCUGGGUGGGUAGGUGGCGUUUGGCAUGUGGUGCUGUCCUCCUGGGCGGCGGGCUGGCAGUGUAGCUGGCUUCACGUGCGGCAGGGUGUGGCAUUUUGUGCGAUGUGAGAAGACUUGAGUGCCUGUGACGUAUGUUGUUGGUGUGGUCAGGGUAUUGCACUAUCGCGGCAGGACGCUUUGGCAGGUUUAGUCGCCUUAAACUUUAGACCCUGCAUGGCUGACCACUCACGCAACCUACAUCAGGUAGGCUGGCAGCCUGGGCUUUGGAGUACGUUUUUGAGCCUUGGGGCUGCGCCUGGGCUGCGUUUAUGCUAACUUGAUUUAUGUGAUUCGAUUAUUAAUGAGAGCCGUUAGAAGACUUUCGCACCGUACGGCAUUGUGCAGUGCCUGUAAGCAACACGCUUC